UUGAUUUGGUCUUCGUUUCUCCUUCCGACGGCGGCAAUUUCGCAUUACAAGCUUUGUGUUCAUAUAGCGUCCAAAAGAAAAUAACCAGAUCCUGCGCAUAUUAGCUGCUCCUCCAUAUACUUGGAAGUUGCUCCUGCUGCUUGUAUUUAAUAGCAAUCAAAAUGCAAAAAUAUGAAAAACUGGAAAAAAUUGGCGAAGGCACCUAUGGAACGGUCUUUAAGGGUCGUAACCGUGAAACAAUGGAGAUAGUGGCCCUUAAACGAGUACGGUUGGAUGAGGAUGAUGAAGGUGUACCAUCUUCGGCUCUGAGAGAAAUUUGUUUGUUAAAAGAACUGAAACAUAAAAAUAUCGUGCGUCUUUACGAUGUCCUACAUUCCGAAAAGAAGUUAACAUUGGUAUUUGAGCAUUGCGACCAGGAUUUGAAGAAAUAUUUUGAUAGCCUUAAUGGAGAAAUUGAUAUGCAAGUGUGCCGCAGUUUUAUGUUACAGCUACUGAGGGGCCUAGCGUUUUGCCACAGCCGCAAUGUUCUACAUCGAGACUUGAAACCUCAGAACCUUUUGAUCAAUAAAAAUGGUGAAUUGAAAUUGGCAGACUUUGGCCUGGCUAGAGCUUUUGGAAUUCCUGUUAAAUGUUAUUCGGCCGAAGUUGUUACAUUGUGGUAUAGGCCGCCAGAUGUGCUAUUUGGGGCUAAAUUAUAUACAACCAGUAUUGAUAUGUGGUCGGCAGGAUGUAUUUUUGCAGAGUUAGCUGAUGCCGGACGACCAUUAUUUCCCGGUUCAGAUGUCUUGGAUCAAUUAAUGAAAAUAUUCCGUGUUUUGGGCACCCCAACUGAAGAGACAUGGCCUGGGGUGACUCAUUUGUCUGAUUAUGUGGCACUACCACAUUUCCCUGCAAUAACCUCUUGGAGCCAAAUCGUACCACGUCUAAAUUCCAAAGGACGUGAUUUAUUGCAAAAGCUAUUAGUAUGUCGUCCAAAUCAACGAAUUAGUGCCGAACAGGCAAUGUUGCAUCCAUAUUUCACCGAAAGUUCCAAUCAUUAGAGUACUGUGCUGAUAUUCGACUCCCCUUCCCUUGCUGGAUAUUGGUUGACCCAUAAAUCUAGUAUUUAAGCAAAAUCUCCCGGUACCAAAACUUGUUCAAUUUAUUGCUUUUGUAUUAAUUUUUUUGUAUAACCUUUUUUGUUUCAUUUGUAUACUAUCAAAAUUCUAUUAAGUUAUUGUAUUUAAGAUAUAAAAGAUUUGAUAUUAGCAUGAUCUGAGCGAAGGUCAAGAAAGAAUUGCAUACAACGUUUAUGAUAAUAAAGAGCAAAGUAGCAAAAUAAUUAAUACACGAAACAUGUAUAAAUAAAUUAUAUACAAAUUUAAA